AUGGAUGGCCUGAAUGAUCUCAGGCUUUUACAAGCGCCUUUGCGUCACAUGACGGCGCAGUCGCAAUCCCAGCAUGAGAAAAUUGCAAAGUUGCAGCGUGAGCUUCGAGAAGCUACAAAGGAAGUGCGCUCCGCCGAUCUCAUCUACCGGAAACAUGUACUCUACUAUGCAAGGAAGGACUGCCUGCAACUUGCGACCAUGAUGCAUCAGAAACUUCCCGUUGAGCUGCGUGAACUGAUUUACGAACUCCUCUGCGUCGAACCCGACCGUCCCAUACCUGUGGGCCCGUACUACCAUUUCCGUAAAUACGAUCGGCCAUUGCACGACCCUCGAUAUAGGUUCGUCCCGACUAGUCGUCACCCAUACGUCGUGUCCACCUGGCCGCUACCAAGAACUGACCCAGCCUAUGCACCCCAUAUUGGCGUUAGUGCGAAUGUCGAUGUUGAGAUUGGAGAGGUAUCUGACCAGCAGACUGGCUCGUCCCAGCCUAUCGACAGUAAUGAUACACGAAUGACUUCGGGCCUUACUGAACGUGUCAUGGAGACGAUAUCAUCAACUCCAGCCGACCAACUCAGACUCGAUCACGAAGACGAGGAUACUAUACUUCCUGAUGGUCGGAUCAAAGAAGUGCAUACCCACAAGCCACCGAGUGAUAUGGCACUUCCAUACAGCCAUUUCCUGGACCCUAGAUACAUGGGCCCAGAAAUCGCAUUCGAGAUACAGAAGAUGUAUUAUGCGCGAAACACCUUCUCCGUCUGCAGCGUCGAGCAGGGAAUACUAUACUUCUUAGAGCGCGAUUCUGGCUACAAUAUGGUGGGUUGUAACGAUGAUGGCACCCCUAAGGAAGUACCAAAGGACCUCCAGCUACCACUACCGGUUUACCCCAGAGAACAUAUCCAAAAUCUCCAGAUUCGCGUCAAGUUCGAACAGUUCCACUCGGACAUGCCAAAAGACGAUAUGACCGAUUACGACAAGUAUGCAUACGAACAGCGUUUCCUACGCUUUACUGAAGCCAACUUGCGAGGUUUGAGAGUCUUCUUAGAGCAUCGCCAUGAGCACGGAAUCAAUGUUGAAUUCAUCAUUCUCACUGAGUUCCCGAUUGCCGGUGAUGUGAGGACCGGGCUCGCCGCUCAAUGCAAUUAUGUCAACUUUUUGGAGUGCAUCAGAAACCCAGUCUACACAAUGAUGCACGAUUGUGACCACAUCUCCGUCAAGAUUACGCACUACGACGAGGGCAUUUCGGCCUUCCCGCGCGAUAUCACUGGAAUAUUCGGGUUGACAAAGGAACAAUGGGAGCACGAAAAGAGUGUUCACGGGUAUUUUGCUGAGGAGAUGAGGAGGUUCCACGUUGCGAUUCCGGGCAUUAUAGAACACAAAGCGCUCCGGGGUUAUCCCGUUAGUGAACUAAUUCCUUUUCUUCGUCAGCGAUGGGGCAUGGAUUCGUGGUUAGCUACCAGGGCGACGCACCCUAUUAGUGACGGGAGAUAUUGGCCAGAAUUUUUCAAGGCAACCUCGCAAGAAUGA